UCAGACAUGAGUCAGUGCUCUGAGCCGGACUACACAAGGUGCUGGCAGACAAGAUGAACAUCUCCACUCUCUCUGUGUGCUGCCUGAUCUCUUCUUGUUUCAUCAUAUCUGCUGUGAGCAGCCCGACAGCAGACUGUUGCCUCAGUCUGUCAGUGUCGCGACCAAGAAUCAAAAAUGUGAAAGACUACCACAUUCAGCCGCAGGGUGGACUCUGCCCUAUAGACGCAGUGGUUUUACUGACAAAGAGUGGCAAGCGGAUCUGUGCCAACCCCGACAGCCCCUGGGUGAAGGAUGCCAUGAAGAAAGUGAAUGAAGAGCGUGUGGGGCCCCCCGUCACUCAACAGGACCCUCCCAGGAGACGAAAGGGAAAAGGGAAAGGGAGGGGAAGGGGGAAGGGCAGAAGGGAGAGAGGAUCGAGGGCAGGAAGGCAGUAGACCCAAAAGCCCAACUGACCACACGAAUGGACACAGCAGAUACAGACAUUCUUUGCAUUCCAGAUGGAAAUGAUCCUUAACAGCUAAAUGUCUUAGAUGUGUGAUGCUAUAUUCCUGUAUUUGUAGAUUUUUGGGCCUCUUUAACUCUUUCAUGCAUGAAUUGAUCUAGAUUUUUUUUGUAUUGAUUUUAUUACUCAAAAUGAACCUAAACUUGAAAUUCAUUUUGAAUUUUUAAAAAAUAUGGUUUUAUUAAAAAUAUAUUUUACUGUCCACAUACGUGGACACCAUGCAACAAAGGGAUGGUAACGAAUACUUACCCAAGGUUAAAAAUCAUUAUUUUCACGUAAUUUAGUAAUUAUUUAUGUUGAUAUGUUUGUUGUAUGAUUGUUUCUUUCAUUUGAACAAUGCAAAUAAAAAAAAAUACCAGGUUUUAUAAUCAGAUUUAAUGUCAUCCGAUUCCUCUGAUGCAUGACGUCCACAUAUGUGGACGGUAUCCGAUUCCUCUAAUGCAUGACGUCCACGUAUGUGGACAGUUGGUUUUUAGGGUGUACAAACUAUAUUUUACAUCAAAUUUCAUUUUUUUAAACACAGAUUUGUUCAACACACUUUCCCCUACAUACUAAUAUUUUUUUUGCCUGAUUUUUCCUUCUUGGGUAGAAGGUUUUAACAGAUAUGCCUGGAGUAUUCAGCACAUGCCCAGCUCCGUCAGCCAUCUUGUCUUAAUGAUGUCAUUACACAGUUAACAUUCCAAAUACAAGAUGAUACAUAUUGUUAUUAUAUUGCUCUGAGUCUACUGACUCUGCCCCUAUGUGGUUUGGAGAAUAUUACUAUGAUAAUCCAGAAUAAAAUGGAGUUUAAUUAACUGUCCACGCAUGUGGACCCCAUGCACGAAAGGGUUAA